GGUCCGCGCUCUGGGUGUCAUGGCGGCUUGCAGGCCGUGCUGCUUGUGCCUGUGGCUCCGACCGCUGAGCUGCGGUCCCCUCGGCCGGCCAAGGCGGCAUCGUACACUCAGCUAUUUGCAGGUGCGAGCGCUGUGGAGCGGCACCCGGUCCAGAGCAGUGACUGUGGACUUGGGACACAGAAAAUUAGAAAUAUCCUCUGGAAAACUGGCAAGAUUUGCUGAUGGCUGUGCUGUGGUACAGUCAGGUGAUACUGCAGUAAUGGUCACAGCUGUCAGCAAAACAAAACCUUCACCUUCCCAAUUCAUGCCAUUGGUGGUGGACUACAGACAGAAGGCUGCUGCAGCAGGUAGAAUCCCCACAAACUACCUUAGAAGAGAGAUUGGCUCUUCUGACAAAGAGAUUCUUACAAGUCGAGUAAUAGAUCGUUCAAUUCGACCUCUCUUUCCUGCUGGCUAUUUUUAUGAUACUCAGGUUCUCUGUAAUCUGCUAGCAGUAGAUGGCAUCAAUGAACCUGAUAUCCUAGCAAUUAAUGGUGCUUCUGCAGCUCUCUCCUUAUCAGAUAUCCCUUGGAAUGGACCUGUUGGGGCAGUACGAAUAGGAAUGAUCGAUGGAGAAUGUGUUGUUAACCCAACAAGGAAAGAAAUGUCUUCUAGCACUUUAAAUUUAGUAGUUGCUGGAGCACCUAAAAGCCAAAUUGUUAUGUUGGAAGCCUCUGCAGAAAACAUUUUACAGCAGGACUUUUGCCAUGCUAUCAAAGUCGGGGUGAAGUAUACGCAGCAGAUAAUUCAGAGCAUCCAGCAGUUGGUAAAAGAAAUCGGUGUUGCCAAGAGGACACCCCAGAAGAUAUUUACUCCUUCUGCAGAGAUUGUGAAAUACACGCAUACAAUCGCCAUGGAGAAACUCUAUGCAGUUUUUACAGAUUAUGAACAUGAUAAAGUUUCCAGGGAUGAAGCUGUUAACAAGAUAAGAUUAGAUACAGAGGAACAUCUAAAGGAAAAAUUUCCAGAGGUUGACCAACUUGAAAUAAUAGAAUCCUUCAACGUUGUUGCAAAGGAGGUUUUCAGAAGUAUUAUUUUGAAUGAAUACAAAAGGUGUGAUGGACGAGAUCUGACUUCACUUAGGAAUAUAAGUUGCGAGGUAGAUAUGUUUAAAACACUUCAUGGAUCAGCAUUAUUUCAGAGAGGACAAACACAGGUACUCUGUACUGUUACAUUUGAUUCAUUAGAAUCCAGUAUUAAAUCAGAUCAAAUUGUAACAGCUAUAAAUGGGGUAAAAGAUAAAAAUUUCAUGUUGCACUAUGAGUUUCCUCCUUAUGCAACCAAUGAAACUGGCAAAGUUACUGGUGUAAAUAGAAGAGAACUUGGACAUGGUGCUCUUGCUGAGAAAGCUUUGUGUCCUGUUAUUCCCAAAGAUUUUCCUUUUACCAUAAGAGUUACAUCUGAAGUUCUCGAGUCAAAUGGGUCAUCUUCUAUGGCAUCUGCAUGUGGUGGAAGUUUGGCAUUAAUGGAUGCAGGGGUCCCAAUUUCAUCUGCUGUUGCAGGUGUAGCAGUGGGAUUGGUUACCAAAAGCAAUCCAGAGAAAGGUGAAAUAGAAGACUAUCGUUUGCUAACAGAUAUUCUGGGAAUUGAAGAUUACAAUGGUGACAUGGAUUUCAAAAUAGCUGGUACAAAUAAAGGAAUAACUGCAUUACAGGCUGAUAUUAAGUUACCUGGAGUACCAGUUAAAAUUAUAAUGGAAGCCAUCCAACAAGCGACAGUGGCAAAGAGGGAAAUAUUGCAGACAAUGAGUAAAACGAUUUCAAAACCUCGAGCAUCUAGGAAAGAAAAUGGACCAGUUGUAGAAACAGUAAAGGUUCCAUUAUCAAAACGAGCAAAAUUCGUUGGGCCUGGUGGAUAUCACUUAAAAAAACUCCAGGCUGAGACAGGUGUAACAAUCAGUCAGGUUGAUGAAGAAACAUUCUCCAUAUUUGCACCAACACCUACUGCAAUGCAUGAGGCAAGAGACUUCAUUACAGAAAUUUGCAGAGAUGAUCAAGAGCAACAAUUGGAAUUUGGAGCAGUUUAUACCGCUACAAUAACUGAAAUCAGAGACACAGGAGUAAUGGUAAAACUGUAUCCAAACAUGACUGCAGUGCUACUUCAUAAUUCACAACUUGACCAACGAAAGAUUAAACAUCCCACUGCCCUGGGAUUAGAGGUUGGCCAGGAAAUUCAGGUCAAAUACUUUGGCCGUGAUCCAGCUGAUGGAAGAAUGAGGCUUUCCCGUAAAGUACUUCAGUCUCCAGCUACAACUGUUCUCAAAACUCUAAAUGAUAGGAGCAGCAUUGUAAUGGGAGAGCCUAUUUCACAGUCAUCAUCUAACUCUUCCCCUUGACUCCUUUUUAAAAUGGUAUUCAAUGGUGAGAUUCUGCAGAGCAAAAUUUAAUAGUCCUGUUUAUUGUAUAGAUUUAUAUAUAAUUUAAAUAUAAUUAUUUGUAUUAAAAUGCUUAUUUCAUGUGCCUUUUUUAUUUCAGGAGUAGCCUAUAUUUGCUUAUUCUUCUUUGGGUUAUAAAUAAAUAAAUAUUUAUUAAAAGCUAUUUUUAUAUCUUA